CAACUGGCCCAGUGAGUCUGCGCACUGAGUGUAAACAGGAAGAGAAAAAUUAGGCUGUUAAGGAACGGGACGUGAGAGUUAAUAGGUUGCGACUGUUUUUUUUUAGUAAUUAACUAAUUUUGAAUUCUGUACACGAAAGGUUAUUUAUCCGUGUAGACAUAUUUGUUACGAAAUAUGUGUCCUACUGCAGAACAGUGACAACAACGUCUGCUAGAGGAAAGAGCGAAGUAACGUUAAUGUUCAGUUGCCUGGCUAGCUUAGCAGCCCUGACAGGAAUUUAUCGCUUUGGCAUCUCUGGUUAGCUGAAUGGCUACAUAAACAGUCGCAUGAGCGAGGGAGACAGACUGAAAAGGUACUUCAUAAAUAAUGCUAGCUUGUCAUAGCUAAAUAGAGACAAUACGCUUUAAAUACGCUCCGUUUCCUCCAAGUCGACGCCAUGGCCCACUAACCUAGCUGGCUAACGUGAUAUCUAGCUAGCUAAGUUAGCCAUUUCUCAGAAAGAGGAACGCUUCAGCAUUAGUGACAUUUUGUUAAACUCGAUUAGAAAUGGUUCAGAAAGAUAAAAUAGUGGAAUUGUCCCAGUCGGAGACUGAGCCGUGCCCGGGAGGGACAGAGGUCGGUGUGGUGGAUGUCCAGAGCUCAGUGGAAGAGCACGGCGUUGUGGCUGAGAGAACAGGCCGCAGGAAAUUCAUCAGCGGUGUUGUUGAGGGCUUUUAUGGUCGGCCAUGGACAAUGGAACAAAGAAAAGAGCUAUUUAGGAGACAGCAGAAAUGGGGACUGAACACAUAUCUGUAUGCACCUAAAGACGACUACAAGCACAGAAUGUUUUGGAGAGAGAUGUACUCUGUAGAGGAAGCAGAACAACUUAUGACAUUGAUAAGUUCUGCAAAAGAGCAUGGAAUUGAGUUCAUUUAUGCCAUUUCACCUGGCCUGGAUAUCACAUUUUCAAACCAGAAGGAGGUCUCUACACUGAAAAGAAAGUUAGACCAAGUUUCUCAUUUUGGGUGCAAGUCCUUUGCGCUACUUUUUGAUGACAUUGAUCACAACAUGUGUCCAGCUGACAAAGAAGUGUUUAGCUCAUUUGCACAUGCACAAGUUUCUAUUACUAAUGAGAUCUACCAGUAUCUGGGAGAGCCUGAAACAUUUUUGUUUUGCCCCACAGAAUACUGUGGAACAUUUUGCUACCCAAACGUGGCCCAGUCGCCUUACCUGCGUACUGUUGGUGAAAAGCUGCUGCCUGGCAUUGAUAUUUUGUGGACAGGUCCAAAAGUAGUUUCUAAAGACAUAACGGUAGAGUCUAUUGAAGAGGUAACAAAGAUCCUGAGGAGACCUCCUGUCAUCUGGGACAAUAUUCAUGCCAAUGACUAUGAUCAGAAGCGGUUGUUCCUUGGUCCUUAUAAAGGCAGGUCCACAGAACUGAUCCCUCGGUUAAAAGGAGUCCUCACCAACCCCAACUGUGAAUUUGAGACCAACUUUGUGGCAAUUCACACAUUAGCAACAUGGUAUAAGUCUAAUAUGAAUGGAGUGAGAAAGGAUGUUGUCAUGACGGACAGUGAAGACAGCACAGUGUCCAUUCAGAUAAAGUUGGAGAAUGAGGGAAGUGAUGAGGAGCUGGAGACAGACAUUCUUUACAGUCCACAGAUUGCCCUUAAGCUGGCUCUUACUGAGUGGCUCAGCGAGUUUGGAGUGCCUCAUCAGUACAACAGCCGUCAAGGAGCUCACAGUGGCCCGAAGAGUGCCUCCACUGAUGUGCCCUCAAUGACUGCCCCCACACUAGGAUCGUCCACUACAGUAACCACAGUUUUUCAACAACCCAUAAUGAGCCCUGCUGCUCCUCUCACUGAGGAACCACACACACUCCCCAAAGAGGAGGAGGAGGUGGAGGUGGAAGUAGAGAAGAAGGAUUCAGAUGAGGAGCCCAUGGAGAUGGUGUUAGAGAAACAAGAUGAGGUAGAGGAUGCCAAGAAUGUCAAUCAGAUCCUUACAAAAAUUGUUAAAGCUGCAAUGACCGAGGAUCUCAAACCCAUGGAUACUGAUAAGGAGAGUGUAUCAAAGACUCCAGAAAUGUCAGUUCAGGAGGACUCCAGUAGUGACAUUGCACCCAUGCAGACUGAUGAGCAGGUCAAUAAAGAAAUGUUUGUUCCAGGACCCAGUGAGAAACCGCUGUACACAGCCGAGGCACUCACACUGGAGGACCUGUCUCUGCUGGCAGAACUGUUCUACUUGCCGUAUGAACACGGGCCUAAAGCAGUGCAGAUGCUCAAAGAGUUCAACUGGCUCAGGGCUAACACCAGCAUUGUUAGUGUAAACUCCAAAUGCAAGGAUUCAGAGAAAGUCACUGAGUGGCAUGCCAGAGCAGAAAAUUUUGAGGAGAUGUGUUGCGCCGUCAUGCAGAUGUUCACCAGACUUUCCAACUCAGCCAAUCGAACCAUUUUGUAUGAUUUGUAUCCCUAUAUCUGGGAUAUAAAGAGUAUCAUCUCUAUGGUGAAAUCAUUUGUCCAGUGGUUAGAUGGAAGAAUCCUCAGCACGAGUUUCUACUGCUAUUGGAUCGACAGUGGACUAUGGUGUCGUAGUCAGUCCUCAGCACAGUUCUUAAGUGGAGACCAAGAGCCCUGGGCCUUUAGGGGCGGUCUAGCGGGAGAGUUCCAGCGACUCUUGCCAAUAGAUGGGGCAAACGACCUUUUCUUUCAGCCACCACCAUCAAUGCCAACUUCCAAAAUCUAUUCCAUAAGGCCAUACUUUCCUAAAGAUGAGGCUGCUGUCUACAAGAUAUGCAGGGAAAUAUACACAGAGGGAUGUGAGGGUAUUCCUUUUUCUGACCAGGAACCAGACCUGAUUGGGGACAGGUUAGUGGGAGGGUUUUUGACACUCAGCCCAGACUACGGCUUUGUCCUGGAGGAUGAGGAGGGGAUCUGUGGCUAUGCCUUAGGCACUGUGGAUAUGAGGCCCUUUGUCAAGAAAUGCAAGUUGAGCUGGAUUCCAUUCAUGCAGGAAAAAUAUAACAAGCCUGACUCAGAGAAGGAUCUGUCUGAGGCAGAGAAAAUGAUGCUAAGCUUUCAUGAGGAGGAGGAGGGUUUGCCUGACUCAUUCCUUAGUAAUUUCCCAUCGCUCAUAAAGGUGGACAUUCAUGCCAAAGUGACUGACCCCAGUGUAGCCAAAAGCAUGAUGGGCUGUCUCCUUUCAUCCUUGAAAGCCAAUGGCUCUCAUGGUGCCUUUUGUGAGGUCCGGCAAAUAGACAAACGGAUGUUGGACUUCUAUGGCAAACUUGGCUGCUUCGAAGUAGCCAAAAUGGAGGGCUUUCCAAAAGAUGUAAUCAUAAUGGGAAGGAGCUUGUGAAAGGGAGACAUGUGGAAGCCCCUUGAAAGAACUGUAUAAAGCUACAGUGGUCUGCAUGGACGACCUGGAGUGUGUCAUACUACCUGUUACAAUGUACACAUUGGUACCUUUGGUUGCACUCAUUGCAGCCUGUUAUUAUUUCUAUAAAGUGUGCUCUUCAGAAACAUGGGAAAGCAUUUGUGUAAUUUAAGGUGCAUCUGAUGGUUGCUACGCUUUGCAAAUCAGAGGGUGUUUGCGUAUCUUUUUUUUUUUUCUUUUUUUUUUUAAAUGAGAACCUCUUCUGGUCUUUAAAAAAAAAAAAAGCUUGAGCUGGCCUGAUGCCAUUUAGCCCAUUACACAUGUGGAUGGUUACAUUCAAGACAUAUUCAGUAUAUUGCAGGUUUCAGUGUGUGUAUUUAGGUGCAACGCAAUCGGCAGAUUAAACCUGCCACUACACUAUUGAGCUGAGUUAAUUUACCAUGUCUUUUUACUCUUAUUUUCUGAGCUUGACUGACUAUUCAGCAGUACUCUAGAAGCAAGCACUUCUUUUGCUUCAUUUUCCGGUCACAUAAUGUUAAUGCAGCAUAAGAAUUUUCACAGCAACUUUGGAUGUUCUCAGAGAAGUAAUUCAUCGUGCUUUCAUGGGAACUGCUAGGAAUGCACAUAUAAGGAACUUCUAUGUCCUUAGAACUGCAUGGACAUUACUUUUUUGCUUAAGUGCAAGACAUGUAUCUUGAUGAUACCAUUGUGUUUUGGUCUGUUGACUUCAUCAGUGUUUAGCAGAAUUUUACCCCCUUUUGAGAUUUUUUUUUUUGUUCACGUACAUGAUCAGAGGUUAUGCCAGUUAUACAUUUAUAUUCUCCAGUUUCAAUAAGAAUGUGAAUAUCCCUAACUAAAAGUAUGUGACUAAAGGAGUCUGUAUAAAAGGCACCGAGCCACGUAAAUAAUAAUCUAAAGAGGUCUGCAAAGACAGCCAAAUUUGGUGACAUUUUGACAGUUGAUUCUAGUUGCUUGCUUGUCAGUGCCUAAGGUAUCAAACCGAAAACAAAAUUUCAGCUAUAAAGGAGACCUGGGCUGCAUUCAGACAAAGUGUUUUUUUGUUUGUUUGUUUUUUACUUAUCUUAUUAAUGUUUGGUUUAUUAGUAGCAAGCACUCACAUCUUAGUUUUGUGUUUUGUUUUGUUUUUUUUCUGAUUUGAGCCAAUUCCAUAUCCAUAUAAUCUCUUACGAAUAAUAGACUGCCUAAAUACAGACUGAGUAGAGUAACAUUUGAUAUGACCAUUGAUUUGUGCUCCCUUGUACCCUGUCCCCAAAUGCCUUGAAUAGUGGUAUUCUUUUCCUUGCUUUACUUCAAUAUUCGGUUUAAGUAGGUUGAGAUUACAUUCAAGUGGAAAGGGCUUCAUUGGAAGGUAUAAAUACAUUUAAGAAAUUUCAGUACAAGUUGUAAUUAUGAAUAUGUAUGUAAUAUAGUUGUACUUUCUGUAAGGUUUGUAUGUAAUUAAGAUGGUUCGUUACAAUAAAGUAUGAAAAAAAAACUGA